AUUCGUAAGUUCUCCCUAACCGUGAGCUCAUUCUGGUCUCUGGGCCGCAGGCGCCUACGGCUGGACACACCUGGCAGUGCCUCAGGUGGGAAGCCCCGUGUGAUAGCCACGAUGUUCCUUGGGAGAGGGAGGCUCGAAUCGGCUCUGUUUUAGGGCACGCGUUCGCUUCUGCACGACCCGAGGAUUUCUGCUGAACCGGCUUCUCUCUUGCUCCUUCCUGGUCACGAAUUCAGCUCCGAUCUUAAGGUGAAACUGUGGCCGUAAUGGAAGUAAACGUAUGGAAUAUGACUGAUCUGUGGACGUGGUUUGAGGAUGAGUUUGCAAAUGCUACUGGUAUGCCUCCUGUAGAAAAAGAUUAUAGCCCCUGUCUGGUAGUCACCCAGACACUUAACAAAUAUGUUGUGGUCGUCAUCUAUGCCCUGGUCUUCCUGCUGAGCCUGCUGGGCAACUCCCUGGUGAUGCUGGUCAUACUGUACAGCCGGAGCAACCGUUCGGUCACCGACGUCUACCUGCUGAACCUGGCCAUGGCCGACCUGCUUUUUGCCCUGACCAUGCCUAUCUGGGCCGUCUCCAAGGAAAAAGGCUGGAUUUUCGGCACGCCCCUGUGCAAGGUGGUCUCGCUUGUGAAGGAAGUCAACUUCUACAGUGGAAUCCUGCUCCUGGCCUGCAUCAGUGUGGACCGCUACCUGGCCAUUGUCCAUGCUACUCGCACACUGACCCAGAAGCGCCACUUGGUCAAGUUCAUAUGUCUGGGCAUCUGGGCGCUGUCUCUGAUUUUGUCCCUGCCCUUCUUCCUCUUCCGCCAAGUCUUUUCUCCAAACAAUUCCAGCCCGGUCUGCUAUGAGGACCUGGGUCACAACACAGCGAAAUGGCGCAUGGUGCUGCGGAUCCUGCCACACACUUUCGGCUUCAUCCUGCCGCUGCUGGUCAUGCUGUUUUGCUAUGGGUUCACCCUGCGCACGCUGUUCCAGGCCCACAUGGGGCAGAAGCACCGGGCCAUGCGGGUCAUCUUCGCCGUCGUGCUCAUCUUCCUUCUCUGCUGGCUGCCCUACAACCUGGUCCUGCUCGCAGACACCCUCAUGAGGACCCACGUGAUCCAGGAGACGUGUCAGCGUCGCAAUGACAUUGACCGGGCCCUGGACGCCACCGAGAUUCUGGGCUUCCUGCACAGCUGCCUCAACCCCAUCAUCUACGCCUUCAUUGGCCAAAACUUUCGCAAUGGAUUCCUCAAGAUGCUUGCGGCCCGCGGCCUUAUUAGCAAGGAGUUCCUGACACGACAUCGGGUCACCUCUUAUACUUCUUCCUCUACCAACGUGCCUUCAAAUCUCUAAAGCCAUCUGUGAAAGACUGCCUCCCCCUGAUGAUGGAAGAAUAAGCACAGCUUCGGGGUUGUGUAGGGUGGUCUGGCUCUGGCUUCGUGCUGUCUGCAUUUGGGAGGGGGGUUAUGGAGUGUGGGGAGUCCAGGACUGGUGUCUUCAGGGUCCAAGCCAAACCUCUGAGGACUUGUGGAGGUGCCUCCAAGGCCUGACCCUCACCCCCGCUGUGCAGAGGAAGCAACAUUGUAUUUGUUGAGCUCUUGCAUCUUCCACCUGCCCACUGGGCAGCUGGCACAGCCAUUCAUUGAAUUAAAGCACCAGGACUGAAACUGUUUCUUCUCGUAGCACGUGGUCCCACCAGCUUGGUUGGAACCUCUGUGUCUCCCUAAUCUGAGCUCACGGAGCUCUGUUCCUUCUGCAAGUAUGUUGCAAUGUCUUCUGGGGACAUUGAGGCAGGUGCUGUGGGAACAUAAAGCCUCCAGGUGGCCUUGUGAUGGAGCUGGACAUCACAUUUCUCCCUUGGGUUUGGUGGGUGAACGAAGUCGGGCGGGGUGGGGUGGGGGAGUUGAGAAUCCAGACCUGUUGUCAUAGGGGACCCUUUGUCCCCACGAGCAGCACCACAGGCAGGCCACUGAUGUGCUGAGUGCAUGCCAAGCCACGUGGGCUACUGGAUUAGCAGCUUUUCUCCUGACUCUUGGAACUUCCAGUGUGACGUGGGACAUUCUCAAAGCUUACAGACCCACAUAGAGUUGUCGAUCAGCCAGACCGCCCAAUAUGUCUAAUAAAACUUCUGUGCCACGUU